UCAAGACAAGUUGUGAAGAGGAUGACAACUUUAAAGAUGAUCACAAUGUGUCUGAUAUUUCCACAUCUCGUAGAGAUGGUUGAUGUGCUAGCUGGAACUGAGUCUUCAUCCAUACAUCAAGAGAGUGGUCUCAUGUUAGCCAACGUUGGAGACACAGUAAUUUUGCACUGCUUUCAUGAAAGUGACAUGGCAGUAUUGUUCUCUUGGUACAAGCAAACCUUGGGAGAUAAACUUCAGCUCUUCUCAACUGUCAAUAAGUAUGACAGGAAUGCAAUAUUCUACCAUGAGUUUAAGGAUAACCCUCGCUUCUCAGUGGAAAAUGGCCAAGAAAAGAAUCACCUAAGGAUCUCAGACAUGCAGCUGUCAGAUUCAGGCACUUACUACUGUGGGAGCUCUUACAGCAAUAAGAUGGAGUUUGGAGAAGGAGCCAUUCUCAUUGUAAAAGCUUCAGGGUCCAGAAACAUGACUGUGCUCCAGCAAUCUGUGUCCGAGACGGUCCAGCCAGGAGACUCUGUGACUCUGAAGUGUACAAUACACACUAAGACCUGUGCAGGAGAUCACAGUGUCUAUUGGUUCAGACAUGGCUCAGGAGAAUCCCAUCCAGGAAUCAUUUACACCCAUGGAGACAGGAGUGAUCAGUGUAAGAAGAGCCCUGAGGCUGGGUCUCCUACACAGAGCUGUGUCUACAACCUCCCCAAGAGGAACCUCAGCCUCUCUGAUGCUGGGACUUACUACUGUGCUGUGGCCUCAUGUGGGGAGAUACUGUUUGGGAAAGGGACCAAGCUGGACAUUGAGGGCCAUAGAGCAGACCCUCUUCUCUUGGUGUACUGCCUGGGUGUAGCAUUGGCUCUUUCGUUCAUCCUGAUCAUUGUCCUUGCUUGCAUCAUGUACAAGAUGAACAAGAGAAAGUGCAGAGAACUGGUCUAUCAGACAAGAGGUCCUACAGUUUCCCAGUCAGACGCAGGGGCCCAAGAUGGAGACAGUCUCCAUUAUGUGGCUCUGAAUCUGAGCAACAAGAAGAACAGGUGUAGAAGACAGAGAAGCAACAUGGAGGAAGAGACGGUGUACUCUGGGAUCAGACAGUAGAACUGGAUGAAUGACACAGUUGUCAUUGUAUGCAAGAUACCUCUUUAAAAACUUGCUCUAUAUGAAUGCUUCAAUAAAAUGUGAUAAACUCUUUCAAGUGUAAUAUAAAGUACAAAUAAUUGAAUGUAUUGCUUCUCUGUCCAACUCAUUUUACAUCUGAUUUGCAUGUGUAAAGAAAAAU